AUGAAGAAUCCGAAAAUACAACAAACCAAGCCAAUGCCGAAGAAAAGCAUUAUCCAAAAUAUAAAAUUUUAUUCAUUUCCGGGAUUUCAAAAUGUACGCCAAACAAACCAAUUUACAGUUGUAAGUAAAAUAUCGAUGAAUGUGGUUAAAUUCAAACGAAAUUUUUUGAAAGUGAAAAUACUUACGUUGUUUUACAAAGAUAUCCAAUGGUUCUCUCACUUUACUGAGGCUUUUCUGAAUAACAGCAAGAUGAAAUUAAUGGCAAUAGCAGAGAUGUUAGGAAAACAAUUACCGAUGAAACUGAAAUGGGAUAGUUGUUCUCCAUCGACAUUUGCAGAUACGGCUGUAAGCCUAGAUUUACUUAUGAAGCCACAACGACAAAUACCUAUCUUUCUAAAUGUUCUGCUUGCAUUACCUUCUCGUCCACCGAACAAUGAAAAAGAAGUGUUCAAAUGGAAAGAAACUAUUUGCGUUCGUGGAUAUAAACCGGGAGUAGGGCGAGAACAAGAACUUGUCAAGAGACCAAGCCACAUUGAACAAAGCUGGGAACGACACCGAGACGAUAUUGUCGUUGUUACAAUAUGGCUGAUAAUGCUCAGUUAUGCACUUGCUUCGAAUAUUCUCAUUCUGAUUGGUGAAAAAUUCAUCCUAAUGUUAGAUGGUGAAAAAACUAUGUUUUGGCAACUAUUCCAAGGAACAUUACUACAGUUUUCCACCACAGCUCUUCUGAAUGUUGACACAAUGACCACAGUGGAUGAGCCUUUCACUCUGACCACAGUUUUCGAAUUUCUAUUAUAA